UCUCCAUGGCACUUGCUUCUCCAGCACAGCCACACGUCACACUCCUUUAAACAGCACUUACAUGGCUUCGAAAGGCUGGUUUUCCAGCUUCUUACAGACAUGGUCAAACAUUUUUGAAAUAUUAAACCACUGUUAUAUGUGGCCAUGGUUGGUGUUAUGUGUAUUGAUUUUGUGACAAGUUAAUUAAUUGCUAAAAGGCCACCAACAGUUCUUAAUGCGAAGUCAGAUGAAGAUGUCAGCAGAAGGCUGUGGUUUAUUGAGCAGGAUGUGUCAUGCCAGUGUCCUGUUAUUGUCUGAUAUAGCUUGACAGUACUUUUGGACUGCAUGGAGCUAUGGUAAUUGGUGAAGAAGGACUGAGUGUCAGACCAAGUGCACUUCCUGUUUCCUGUCCCUGUCAGAGGGGCUUUAUCAACAGAGGGCAGCUGUCGUAGUUCUAAUAGGAACCUCUCCACAAGCCAGUCUGUGCUACAACUUGCAAACAAGCGGCACCAUUUGAAAAAUGAAGAUCAGUUAUCCAUACCUCUGCCAGCUCCUAUAUAUCCUGCUCCCUCUACUGGUGAUUGAGGGUUGUCCAUCUGUGUGUUCCUGUUCAAGGGGGUAUGUUGAUUGCAGUGGCCGUAUGCUAAGAGGCAGUAACUUGCCCGAUGCCUUCCCCCCCGACUCCAGAGAGAUCCAUCUCCAUGACAACCAGCUCACUUCUUUGCCCAAUGGCUUGCUGGACCAUAUGCUCGCCCUGCGCUCUGUGUCUCUCCAUGGCAACCCUUGGGUCUGUGACUGUGGCGUGCUCUACCUGCGCAGCUGGCUUCUCAGACAGGAGAACCGCAAAAGCUAUCGCAAUAUCACCUGCAGCUCACCUCCGGGCCUGCAGGGGAGGCUAGUUAUGUAUCUGGCAGAGGAAGAAGUAUUGGAGUCCUGCAGGUACUGGUAUUGCAGCCUGGCGCUUGCUUCACAGGUCAGUCUCUUCAUCUUCAUAGUGAUGCAGGCCAUCCUGCUGGCCUCAAUCAUCUUUUUUCUGCGCCGUUUUGAGAAACUGUCCCGUGAAGCCCGAAGGACAGUUCAAGAGAGCUUCGCAGGAGAUGAUGGAGGGAAUGGAGAAGAAUAUGUCCCACUAAAAGGACUGCCUGAAACAGGGGGCAAAAGGGGGACAAGGUGAGGGGUUAGGUGUUCCCUGGAAGAGGAUAGCUGUACAAUUUCUGCUUCUAGACAAAGACACCAAUUAUUGCAUAAUAAUUUGCUCAUUUUCAUGCAGAUCAAUGGCAGCUGGAUAGGGUGUGCAUUUUAAUUUCACUCACCAGAUGUAUCUUGUCCAGUAUAAAAGAUUAUUACAAAAGUAAUUGCCUAGUAUAAAAGUGACAUUGCCUAUUGAAUAGACAAAAAGGAUUCUAUUUUGAUACACAAGCAGGUAACACCUAAAUCAAGAAAGUGAUACUUCCUACACAAAGAGCCUUGUUUUAUCCCCUCAGAAUUGAAAAGGUCAGUGAAACACUGUAUAGGAAAAAAAAAGUUAUUGUAUUCAUCGUCUCUUUAAUUAAACAGAAAAAAAUCAUUUAUCAAA